UAAGUGACAAACUUGAGUCUGUACACUUUAUUUAGCACGAGACAGAGAGACAGAAAUUUCAGAUUCUGUCUUUGAAAAGUUAAAAAAAAGCUACCGUACGUCAGGAACGAGAAGAGCACUCAGAGUCGAAGAGGAUGAGCCGUCACUUGAGAUUUGUGGCGAGGACCGUCUUUGUGAAAGGAGGUGAUGUGGACGGAGCGUACAGAACCCUGAACAAUUCUCUGAACAGAGAUGGCUUGAUUGAGAGCGUGAGGAGAAAGCGCUACUUUGAGAAACCUUUCCAGGAACGUCGGAGGAAAGAAUACGAGAACAUGAAGAAGAUUUACAACCAAGAGAUGGGGAGGAGGAUACAGUUCAUCAUGAGGAAGAACAGAACGGAACCAUGGCCCGUGUAAACUACCCCCUGCUAAUCCUUGUGGACCAGUUUUCACCACAAUAGAGUGGUGUAUAUAGAUUGCUAAGUGAAAACCAUCCCUUUGUUUAUCCUUAUGGGCCAGUUUUCACCACAAUAGAGUGCUGAACAGAGAUGGCAGAGUGCAAACCACCCUUUGUUUAUCCUUAUGGACCUGUUUUUACUGAUAAUAUAGUAGGUGAACCAAAAUGGCAGAGUGUAACCUACCCCCUGCUCAUCCCUAGGUACCUGUUUUCACCAAAAGAAUGAGAUGAACAUAGAUUGCAAAGUGUCAAUUACCAGUUGCUCCUCGAUUUGUACCCAUUUUCACCAAUGUACAUGUACAUGCAGUAGGACAAAGAUGGUUGAGUGGAAACUACCCCAUGUUGAUCUUUAUGCACCUGUUCUCACCCUUGGGAACAGGAUGGAACUGUAUUCUGUGUAAACUACCCCAUGCUCAUCGAAUAUGCACAUUUUCACUCUUAUUGUGGGAUGCCGUCUUCUGAAUAGAACUGAUAUCUGUGCAAAGGACCCCAUUGACAAAGUGGGGGACCUGUUUUCACUUGUGAAGGAAUGUUAUGAAAGGAGGCGGCUUUGUAUCUUUUAACCAAUCGCAUUGGACAGUGUCCCGUCUUCAUCUGCACAGCCCACAGAAUAAUUUUUCGUGAACUCAGCUCCAUAUGGAAAGUCGUGUACAAGGAUAGAAUUUCUUAAAUGCAGUGAAUCCUGCAUGUAAGAAUUUUUGUUUUCAGCAAAGCCGAUAUACAGUAUGUAAUGAAUGUAUGCAUUGAAAUGUUA